AUGGUCGUCUGCGAUGGAUGCAGCAAGAGUUUCAAGGGCUUCCAAGGACUUACCGCACAUCGAAAACAGUGCGCCGCAACAAAGAUAUCAUCCAAUCAUAUUAUUCGAAAUGCGGCAAAGGCUUUUAAAAUGAAAUCCAACUUGCAGCAUUCCAUCAACAAGUCAGCGGCUAGGCCAGCGAGUCCGAUGGAGGCAGAAUCUAGUGAAAUGGGUGGCCAGAGAAGUAAGGCCACAAAAAAACCCUCCCCCCCUCCACAAGUUCUCGAGUCAGAGCAUUCAGAGGAUGUGACAAUGGACAUAUGCCGCCCUGAUUCCCCCGAUCUACCUGCCCCAGCAUUUAUUCCACCUCCAACACGAUCAGGCCGUGUCCGACAAUUUCCACGGCAAUUUGCAGACAUGCUUCCUAAUUCAACAACACAGCUACCCCAUAUGCCAAAACGUCCACCUCGUCCACCAGCACGUCAUGCUGCUACUACUGCUCUCCCUUCUACCGAACGAGAGUCUGAGUCAAACACCCCAAUUUCAUAUCGGAAAACUGAGCCCAAUGACUUUGGACUUUUCCGAGUUUAUCCCAUUAUUCCAACGAAGCAAGUGGAUGAACAUGAGGAUAUAGACAAUCUUUGUGACUCACCUGGGCUUGCCACUUCUUCAGAUCCUCAGCAUCGAUGCUGGUGGAAAUCAUUUGGCAUCAAAAAUACCGAGGACAUCCAAAAACAUCCUGGUGGAAUAUUUGCUCCCUUCUUGAAUGCUACAGUAUUCCGUCUUUUCAAUUGGUUCUACUCGGGAUCAGUCUUAAAGUCUGUUAAGGAGCUUGACCGGCUUGUCAAGGAGGUAAUUCUGGCGGAAGACUUUAAUCCAGUUCACCUCAAAAACUUUAAUGUGCAGCGGGAGCUAGAUCGUCUCGAUGCAGAUGAUGCACAGACGUCUCCUUUUGCAUCCGAAGGAGGGUGGAAUACCUCUUCAGUUAAUAUAUCUAUGCCAUGCGAAAAUGUAUCGCACAUCUCUGAAGCUUCAGCACCGGUUCUUGAAGUGCCGAAUGUCUAUCAUCGUAGUCUGGUAGAGGUGAUUACCUCUGCUUUCAAGGAUUCAACCUCAAAACAAUUCCACUUUACCCCAUUUCGACUCUUUUGGCAGCCAUCGCCUGACGUAGAGCCCGAGCGAGUUAUAACUGAGCUAUACAACUCUGAGGCAUUUCUUGGCGAGUACGAGCAAAUCACUCGGAAAUUGAAACCCACACCACCUGGAACAGUCCAUAUCGAAACAUGCAUUGCUGCUAUGAUGCUGUGGUCGGAUUCAACACACCUUGCUAGCUUUGGCGAUGCCUCACUAUGGCCUCUGUAUCUGUAUUUUGGCAAUCAGUCUCAAUAUUUUCGAUCAAAACCAAACAACUUUGCAGCUCAUCAUGUAGCCUAUAUACCAUCGCUCCCGGAUAACCUUCAAGAUAUAUACAUGGAGGCAUACAAUGGAGCGGCGGCCUCUGAAGAGACAAUCCGUAACAUGAAGCGUGAUCUCAUGCAUGCGGUCUGGCUCCUUCUGCUAGACGGGGAAUUUAUGGAUGCAUAUGAAAAUGGCAUACUUAUCAAGUGCACUGAUGGCAUUACCCGCCGUGUCUUUCCUCGAUUUUUUACAUAUUCAGCAGAUUAUCCUGAAAAGGUCCUUUUAGCAACCAUUCGAUUUCUGGGCAAAUCUCUGUGUACCGGAUGUACGAUCUAUAAGAAGUUUGUUAGCGCACUCGGAACACGUGCUGAUGACCAAAGACGCAACCACGAAAGAAAAGAUACAAAAGAAAGACAAAGAAAGGUGGAAACCAGCCGCUCAUGGAUCUUUGAAUAUGGUGGUUCUAUCAAGAGUCAAGGUGUCGAAAAUGUACUUGCUGAUGAGUCAUAUGUUCCUGCUCGAAAUGCAUUCUCAACAAGACUGUUCGGGCUUGGAUUCAAUUUUUUUUCAAUGUUUGUUCCGGAUCUCUUGCAUGAGUUUGAACUUGGCGUCUGGAAAGCAGUCUUUAUACAUUUGAUGCGAAUACUCUACUCAUGUGGUGAAAAUUAUAUUCAAAAGCUUAAUAAAAGAUACCGACAAGUUCAGACAUUUGGGAGAUCUACCAUUCGUCGAUUUUCUACUAAUGCCUCCGCUAUGAAAAAGCUGGCCGCUCGUGAUUAUGAGAAUCUUCUGCAGUGCUCAAUGCCGGUAUUUGAAGGAUUACUUCCAAAUCAAAAACACGAUGCCAUGCUUCAAGACCUUUUAUUUAUUCUGUGCACGUGGCAUGCUUACGCAAAGCUUCGUAUGCAUACCAUGUCAAGUCUGACAGGCCUUAAGGCAACAACACGUAGUCUUGGACAAGCACUGCGAGAUUUUUCCAAGAAGCUUUGCCCAAAAUAUGACACAAAAGAGUUGCCAAAAGAAGAGGCUGCUCGGGCAAGACGUGCAAGAAAAAGUAAAGGAAAAGGAAAGGCGUCAUCUUCAACAACAGCCAAUACGGCGGCGCCUUCGGCAAAGGUUUUCAACAUGUUUACCUUCAAGCUUCACCAUCUGGGACACUAUUUAAAGGCAAUAUGGCAGUAUGGGCCUUCGAGCGGCUACUCAACACAGACGGGAGAGUUGGAGCACAGACGUGUCAAAAAAUUCUAUGCACGUACAAACAAAGGACGCAAAUUUGAACAUCAAAUUACAAGGCAUCAACGCCGUGAACGUAUACUGCGACGCAUUGCUAAUCGAGUCAAAAAUGCUGCAAGUGAAUCUGCCGGCAGCCUCUCUUCCCAACAAUAUCAGUACAAAAGAGGUGCUACGACUCAUUUGGUUCCAUUUGAGGAUUCCGAAUCACUACAACCCAUUCUGCCAGAGCUCCACCAUUACAUUUCAAAUGGAAAGAACUCACCGAUCAACAUUUUUCAGUGGAUAUACGACAAUAAUGAUGAUGAAGCAUUGACGAGAUUUGUUCCUAAACUAAAAGACCAUCUUCUGUCCCGCUUACUUGGCCACGAUGACAACUCAGAUGAAUCACUCUACUACACUGAUGAAGACCGGCACCACGUCCGAAUUAUCCAUGAUCGUAUGUACAAACAUAAACGUUGUCGUGUCAACUACACUUCCUAUGACCUCCGACGUUGCCAAGACACUAUGAAUCCCACUUCACAUGCUGACAUUAUGGUCUUAUCGGGUAAUGAGGAACUGGAUGGACACCCGUUUGCCUAUGCUCGUAUACUCGGUGUCUAUCAUGUUGACAUUAAGCAUACCGGACCAAAAUCAAGGUCAAAUCUGGUACACCGCAUGGACUUUCUAUGGGUCCGGUGGUUUGAACUUGAUUCCACAUUUGUAGGAGGCUGGGAAACACGCCGUUUGCAUCGUCUUCAAUUUGUUGAGUCUGAUUCAUCGGCCGCAUUCGGAUUUCUGGACCCGUCUCUCAUUCUACGUGGAUCACAUCUCAUAUCGGCAUUUGCCCAUGGCACCACAACUGCUAGACUAGGCCCAUCAAUUGCGCGAGUUUCUGGAGAAAAGAAGAUGCAAGAUAAAGACUGGAAUUACUACUACGUGAAUAUGUUUGUUGAUCGCGACAUGUUCGUAAGGUAUCUGGGUGGAGGAAUCGGCCACCAGGCAACGAAUGAAUACACAGCUGACCUUCGGCCUAACUUUGAAGCUCGUGACCUGUUUACAGGAUACAAACCAGGCGAUAACCAGCUUCAAGUUGAUUCAGAUUCAGAAAGUGACCAGUCUGAGCUUGAGGCUAUGCCAUCAUCGUUAAAUCAUGACAAGGAAUAUGAUAUUGACAAUGUAGACACUGAGGAUGAAGACUGGGGAUAUAAAAGCUCAAACAGUAGCCAGGAUUCAGAAAGCGAAUUGGAAGACCCGGAGGUAAUUGUGGCAGAGGAGGCGGGGGCAGAAAAUGAAUUUGACCUUGAUGAUCUUGGUCCUGGAGAUGGCGAGGCAGCUUGGGAAUCAGAUGAUUAUGAGGCAGAAGGGUAUGCUGAGCUAUAG